AUGGAUAACGGAACAUGGCCCAAUGACGAUACUCUCAAAGCCGUGAUCAAGGGAGCUGAUUCAGAGGACAAUGAGUACAUGGAGUUUGCGAAGGCUGUGAGGGCUAGGGGGUCACAAAUCUGCUACAAGAAUACUGGCAAAGAAGAAGAAGACCCGGAAGAUAUACAAGAAAUCUUGCACAGGUUAGGAUGUGGGAUCCCCGUUAAGGCUGAAACAUACAAUAUGGUCAUCAAGAGACUCGCUUUCCAGAAACCAUACCCCGUUGCCGUUAAGUAUGCCAAGAAGUACUUUCUGCAAAUGCUUGACAAAGGAAUGGUGCCUGAUCCCCCUGCCUACACCUUCGUGAUGGAGCCUGCCAGUUGGACGAUAAGGAGAAGGGGGUUUGAUCUUGAAAAUCAGAAGUACUUUGAAUGCCACAAACACCUCGAAGAGGCAUUCGAUGCAUAUAGGAUGUCCGACUAUGCCACCAAAACGACUGAUGAGGAGACGCGAAAAAUCUUCUACAGGUGGCGCACCGACGCAGCCAUCAGCAUGAAACAUAUAAUGGAUAUGGUCGAAGGUAUGGUAGAUGACGGCUUUAAGGAUGAGGUCAAGGAGCUCUUUGAGCCGUUCUUUGACAUAGGCGUACUACCCGCCAUUGUCACCCACACCGCUGUCAUUGAGGCCUAUGCCACUGCCGGCAAGAUUAAGGGUGCUUUUGAGGCUUAUAAACACAUGUCGGCUGUUGGGAUUAUGCCGAACUGCUACACUUAUAGUGUCUUCAUCAAGGCACUUGCUACUGACCCCAACUUCUUUGGGGAUGCCAAGAAGUACUGGCUGGAGAUGAUGGAGAAGAGGAUGCAUCCCAAUGCUGCUACCUACACCGCAGUUUUUGGGGGCUUCGCGAGGCAAGGGGACAGGGCGGUAGAGGACAGGAGUGAGUUUUUACGGGUAAUGAAAAGCAAGGGAUUUGUGCCGGACGAGGAGGCUGUGGGUGAGGUUCUGAAAGGACGAACUGGAGAAGCGGUUAGCUGCAUCAUGAACAUUCUGUUUGGCAAGUAUAACUUGUAG